UCAAUUUUCUGUAGCUGUAUUUGAUUUUCACUUUGACUGAGUGCUGGGGACCUAAUGCUGUCCUUAGGCACUGAGUUUUUCACCUCUGAUGGCAUACGUAGGAGGAGUGGGUGAUUUUCCACGGGCAGGAGUCAGAGGCUGGGCAGGACAGUCUCUCUAUCCUCCCCAAACAGAACCCACACUGGAGACAGAUUUGUGGCUUUCGGUGCAGUUAGCUCAUGACUUCUGAAGAAAGACUACAUCUAGUUCAUGACCUCCUCUCGUUGUGAGGAUUUACUCAUGUCUCUUUAAUUCCCUGCAUGAAAACUAUUUAAACGUUGCACGCAGAUCUUUUGCGAAAGAAGAAAAGGAAAUUCAGUGUGUGGGUCUCCGCAGGAGCUCAGCUAAUGCAGCUUGAAAUAAUGCCGAGGAAGAAGCGCUUACCUGCAGGCAGGGCGCCCCUGCUUCUCCUCCUGUGCCAGCUGGUGAGGGCGCUGGACGUCCCUCUUGAUUCAAAACUUCUUGAAGACUUGGUACAGCCUCCAACCAUUACUCAGCAGUCUCCAAAAGAUUACAUUAUUGACCCUCGAGAGAAUAUCGUAAUCCAGUGUGAGGCCAAAGGGAAACCUCCUCCAAGCUUCUCCUGGACCCGUAAUGGGACGCAUUUUGACAUAGAAAAGGACCCUCUUGUCACCAUGAAGCCAGGCUCAGGAACCCUCACGAUCAACAUCAUGAAUGAAGGGAAGGCAGAGACCUACGAAGGGGUCUAUCAGUGCACAGCCCGGAAUGAGCGCGGAGCAGCAAUUUCUAAUAAUAUCGUUGUCCGUCCAUCCAGGUCACCAUUGUGGACCAAAGAAAAACUUGAGCCAAUAACACUUCGAAAUGGCCAGUCUCUGAUCCUUCCUUGCAGACCCCCACUUGGAUUACCACCACCUAUAAUAUUCUGGAUGGAUAAUUCCUUUCAGAGACUUCCACAAAGUGAGAGGGUUUCUCAGGGUCUGAACGGAGACCUUUACUUCUCCAAUGUUCUCCCAGAGGACACCCGCGAGGACUAUAUCUGUUAUGCCAGAUUUAAUCACACUCAAACCAUACAGCAGAAGCAACCUAUUUCCGUGAAGGUGAUUUCAGUGGAUGAACUGAAUGACACCAUAGCUGCUAAUUUGAAUGACUCUGAGUUUUAUAGUGCAAAAUCAAAUAGAGAGAGGCCACCAACCUUUUUAACUCCAGAAGGCAAUGCCAGUCACAAGGAAGAAUUAAGAGGGAAUGUCCUUUCGCUGGAAUGCAUUGCAGAGGGACUGCCUACCCCAAUUAUUUACUGGAUAAAAGAAGAUGGAACCCUGCCCAUCAACCGGACAUUUUAUAAGAACUUCAAGAAAACUCUGCAGAUCAUUCAGGUUUCAGAAGCAGACUCUGGAAAUUACCAGUGUAUAGCCAAAAACCCACUGGGAGCUAUCUAUCAUACCAUUUCUGUCACAGUUAAAGCGGCUCCGUACUGGAUCAUGGCACCUCAGAACCUUGUGCUCUCCCCAGGAGAGGACGGGAGACUGAUCUGCAGAGCUAAUGGCAACCCCAAGCCCAGAAUUAGCUGGUUAUCGAAUGGAGUCCCAAUAGAAAUUGCUCCCGAUGACCCCAGCAGAAACAUAGACGGCGAUACCAUUAUCUUUUCAAAUGUUCAAGAAAGAUCAAGUGCGGUGUACCAGUGCAAUGCCUCUAAUGAAUAUGGAUAUUUACUGGCGAACGCAUUUGUAAACGUGCUGGCUGAGCCACCACGAAUCCUUACAUCUGCAAAUACACUCUAUCAGGUCAUCACAGACAGGCCUGCUUUACUAGACUGUGCCUUCUUUGGGUCCCCUCUGCCGACCGUUGAGUGGUUCAAGGGAGCUAAAGGUAGUGCCCUUCAUGAAGAUAUUUAUGUUUUGCAUGAAAAUGGCACUUUGGAAAUUCCUGUGGCCCAAAAGGACAGUACGGGAACGUACACAUGUGUUGCAAGGAAUAAAUUAGGAAUGGCAAAGAAUGAAGUUCACUUAGAAAUCAAAGAUGCAACAAGGAUCAUUAAACAGCCGGAAUAUGCAGUUGUGCAAAGAGGGGGCACGGUGUCCUUCGAAUGCAAGGUGAAACACGAUCACACCUUAAUCCCCACCAUCACGUGGCUGAAGGACAGCGGUGAGCUGCCCAAUGACGGAAGGUUCACUGUGGACAAAGACCACUUGGUGGUGGCUGAUGUAUGGGAUGACGAUGGUGGGACCUACACGUGUGUGGCCAACACAACUCUCGACAACGUUUCUGCCAGUGCCGUGCUGAGUGUUGUUGCUCCUACUCCAACUCCAGCUCCUACUUACGAUGUCCCAAAUCCUCCCUUUGAUUUAGAAUUGACAGAUCAACUCGACAAAAGUAUUCAGCUGUCGUGGACGCCAGGCAACGACAACAACAGCCCUAUCACAAAAUUCAUCAUCGAAUAUGAAGAUGCAAUGCACGAGGCGGGGCUGUGGCACCACCAAACCGAGGUUUCUGGAAUGCAGACCACAGCCCAGCUGAAGCUGUCGCCUUACGUGAACUACUCCUUCCGAGUGAUGGCCGUGAACAGCCUCGGGAGGAGCCUGCCCAGUGAGGCAUCGGAACAGUAUCUGACUAAAGCCGCAGAACCUGAUACAAAUCCCACAGCUGUGGAAGGACUAGGAUCUGAGCCUGAUAAUUUGGUGAUCACCUGGAAGCCCUUGAAUGGUUUCGAAUCUAAUGGGCCAGGCCUUCAGUACAAAGUGAGCUGGCGCCAGAAAGAUGGCGACGAUGAGUGGACAUCUGUGGUGGUGGCAAACGUAUCCAAAUACAUUGUCUCGGGCACACCAACCUUUGUUCCGUACCUGAUAAAGGUGCAGGCUCUGAAUGACGUGGGCUUUGCUCCGGAGCCAGCCGUGGUCAUGGGGCAUUCUGGAGAAGACCUCCCAAUGGUGGCUCCCGGAAAUGUGCGUGUCAACGUGGUGAACAGUACCUUAGCUGAGGUCCACUGGGACCCCGUACCUCUGAAAAGUAUCCGAGGACACCUGCAAGGCUAUCGGAUUUACUACUGGAAGGCACAGAGUUCGUCCAAGAGAAACAGACGCCAUCUUGAGAAAAAGAUUCUCACUUUCCAGGGAAGCAAGACUCACGGCAUGCUGCCUGGCCUGGAACCCUUCAGCCACUACACGCUGAACGUCCGUGUGGUCAAUGGGAAAGGGGAGGGCCCGGCCAGCCCCGACAGAGUCUUUAAUACUCCAGAAGGAGUCCCCAGUGCUCCGUCCUCUUUGAAGAUUGUUAACCCGACACUAGACUCCCUCACUCUGGAAUGGGACCCACCGAGCCGCCCGAAUGGCAUUUUGACUGAAUACACCUUAAAAUAUCAGCCAAUUAACAGCACCCAUGAGUUGGGACCGCUGGUGGAUCUGAAAAUUCCUGCCAACAAGACGCGCUGGACUUUAAAAAAUUUAAAUUUCAGCACGCGGUAUAAGUUUUAUUUCUAUGCACAAACAGCAGCAGGAUCAGGAAGUCAAAUAACAGAGGAAGCAGUGACAAACGUGGAUGAAGGUAAGAUGGCUGGUAUUCCUCCACCUGAUGUAGGUGCAGGCAAAGCAAUGGCGAGCCGGCAGGUGGAUAUUGCGACUCAGGGCUGGUUCAUUGGUCUAAUGUGUGCUGUCGCUCUCCUGAUCUUAAUUUUGCUGAUUGUUUGCUUCAUCAGAAGAAACAAGGGCGGGAAAUAUCCAGUCAAAGAGAAGGAAGAUGCUCAUGCUGAUCCUGAAAUCCAGCCCAUGAAGGAAGACGAUGGCACUUUUGGAGAAUACAGUGAUGCCGAAGACCACAAGCCCUUGAAAAAAGGCAGUCGGACACCUUCAGACAGGACAGUGAAGAAAGAAGACAGUGAUGACAGCCUCGUUGACUAUGGAGAGGGGGUGAAUGGCCAGUUCAAUGAGGACGGCUCCUUUAUUGGACAAUACAGUGGUAAGAAAGAGAAAGAACCGGCGGAAGGAAACGAGAGCUCCGAGGCACCUUCUCCUGUCAAUGCCAUGAAUUCCUUUGUUUAAUCUGUAAACUCUCUGCCAAUAUCCCAUUUCUCUAGAAUGUGUCUCUUAUGCACUCGGUCUGCCUUCUCAUGCUAGGAACACAGAGGCAGGAAGGGUUGUGUUCUGCCGUACCUUGCUAUUAUGAGAGUGGCACAAA